AUGCAGCGGAGGGCGGUGUGGUGUCUGUGGCUGCUGACCCUCUCCGUGGGGUCCGUCCGCGGAUUUCCCACGCACUUCAAGAGGACUUCGGGCAGAGACAGAAACACCACAGCGUCUGUUACUGAGGUGAUAGCAGAGCCUAGUCCUGCCAACGACCGUCAGACCCUUCAGGAGCUCCAACAGGAGAACCUGCUGCAGACUCUGCCCUCUGGUCCGUCUCUCCCCAAGUCCAGACGCCACUGGUCGCAGCACCAACAUCAGGGCGUCCUCCCCCCACCGGAACCUGAGGAGGACCCUGAGCUCUUCAUCCUGGACCUCAGGAACUUCCCAGAACUGGCCAAUGCAGACAUGGGCUCCCAGAAUCCCAACAUCCAGGUUACCAUCGAGGUGGUGGAUGACGCACAGACUGAGACGGAGGUGGAGAUGGACCUAGUCAAAGAGGGUCAGCGCAAUGAUUGGUCAGUGUCGUCCUCAGAAUGGGCCAACAGUCACAAGAAGCUGUUCUGGCCAUUGUUUUGGGAGUACCCGGAGCAGCUGGAGAACGUGUUGGAAAGAGGCAGUUUGGACGAACAAUCUGAGGACUACAACUACGACCCAGAGGAUACUGUUCCGAGUGGGGUAGGGGGAGACUGGGGUGGUCACUGGAACAAAGACUGGGAUGCCAAGGAUAACUAUGAGUAUGAGGAGGAGUGGAGCGACUGGGCUCCCUGCAGUGUCAGCUGUGGACACGGCACCCAGAAACGCACCCGUUCCUGUGGCUAUGCAUGCACGGCGACUGAGUCACGCACGUGUGACCUGGAGAGCUGUGCUGACACUGUGAUUUCAGUGACUGACCUGACACCCAUCCAGACGACCAACAGCACAGACUCCCUGGACACAAAUGUGGACAGCUGUGAGAAGUGGCUAAGCUGCAAGAAUGACUUCCUCCAGAAGUACCUGCACCAAGUGCUCACAGAGCUCCCCAGCUGCCCAUGCUCCUAUCCCUCUGAGGCUGUCUACAGUGCUGUCAACAUCCAGGACGGCAAACUUCGCAAGACCUAUCGCUGGAGGGAUGCGAGCGGGCCCAAAGAACGCCUGGACAUCUACAAACCGUCAGCUAGAUUCUGCAUCCGCUCAAUGCUGUCGUACGACAGCACGACGUUGGCAGCGCAGCACUGCUGCUACGACGAUCAGAUGAGACUGAUAACGCGGGGGAAAGGAGCAGGAGCACCAAAUUUGAUCAGUACAGAGUUCUCACCAGAGCUACAUUACAAGGUGGAUGUACUGCCCUGGAUUCUGUGCAAGGGGGACUGGAGUCGGUUUCACUCAGUAAGGCCGCCCAAUAAUGGGCUUGACUGUUUGGAUAACCCCCCAGAACAAGUGUUUGAGGUGGAACUGAAAGAGGCCAGGGAAUACUGA